AUGGUCCAAGAAGCCGGGGAUGAGCCCCAUAAGAUAUUAAGCGAGCCUAGGGCAGAAGAAGACCAAGUCAUGGUUGACGCCGAAGCUAAUAUGGUAGAAAAAGAGGCCGAGCACACGGUCAAAGAAGAAGCUAAAGAGCCACUGGAAAAUCUCGAAGGUUCGAUGGCCGAAGACGAAGAGCUCUAUGGGGAUGAUGAGGAGUAUGCUGAUGACGAGUACUUAGAGGAUUUGUCAGAGGAAGCUAUGGAACACUUAGCAAAAGAGCGCAAUGAAGAAAUGGCCAGGUUUGAGAAUGAACUAAAAGUGGGCAAGGUCAAAGUGAAGUUUGGGCAAUGCCAUGGUGGUUACGCUCCCACUAUUUUUUAA